AUGGCAGAUUCAGAUACCCCGAUGGGUCAUUCGGAUGAUUACACUGCCUACCCUGAAAUUGAUGAAGAAGUACACUAUCCAUGGCAGGGAAACGAGCCCCAGUCAUUCGUCCCCGAGGAUGUCUUUGCCCAAGCAAUUGAUCCUCGACUGUUUGAAAGUAACGUGCACUCCCAGGGUGCAGAACAUGCACCCCAACGCCAGAAUCGAAUCCAAGAAUAUGAUGAUAGUGAUAUUUCCGAAGAGAGUCAAGACGACAUCAAUCCUGUCAUAUUUGGGUCGGACGAAGGAGACGAUGACUCGGAGUAUGUCUUGGAAGACCAAAGCGAGAGAUUCUUGGUAACUGACAACGGUUUCAGCGAGGACGAAGAGCCAUUAGACGAUGAUUCUGAUUCUGAUGCAAGACGUCGACGCCAACGUCGAGGCGGUGGACGCUUCUCAGGCCGCUAUGGAGCCCGUGGUCAGAAAGGCGUUAAAAGAGGUCCCCGCAAGCCCAUGGAACCUGGGCCAGAGUUCAAGAUACUACACUCAGAAGCCACGGAAGCAUUUAUUGAUGGCGACUACGAUCGAGCCAUGGAUCGGGUGAUGCUUGCAAUCCAGAACAACCCUGAAAUGUUCCCUGCUCAUUCCCUGCUUUCCGAAAUCUUCCUAGCUCAAGGUCAGAAAGAUAAGGCUCUGGCCGCUCUCUUUAAUGGCGCUCACACUCGGCCCAAGGACUCCGGUGUAUGGCUCAAGGUAGCUCGACUCAUUUUGCAGCGCGCCGGUGAAGACCGCCAAAGGGCAUUGCACGACGUUAUUUAUUGCUACAGUCGCGUGUUGGAUAUUGAGCCCCGGAACUUUAACAUUCGGUACCAGAGGGCUGCGAUUUAUCGUGAACUCUUGUACAACGGCAGGGCAGCUGCGGAGUAUGAACGUAUAUUGAGAGAUCGACCACAUAAUGCAAAAGCGCUUCGUCACCUGGCGGAAAUUUACAUCGACCUCAAUGAAGUCCAAAAAGCCAUUGACCACUGGGUCGAUAGCGUGGAGUUCUACAAGUCUCUUGACCCCCAGGACACCCGUUUUAGCUGGUCCGAGGUCAACAUUUAUGUCGAGCUUUUCAGCCUUGCUGGUCAACCUGUUCAGGGACUCCAUGCUUUAAAGUCCAUUUCAAGGUGGUUGCUGGGGCGUGGAGAUGACUCCCUUUGGGAUAACUUUGAGGACGAUGAUCGAGAAUGGGACUCGAACGAUUCUCCUCGUCGUAUUAAGACCAACGGGUACGUGCCUGGCCGCUGGCCCCUGGACUCGUAUGGACUUGGACUCCCUCUCGAGCUUCGCAUCAAAAUGGGGAUUUUUAGGCUCAAAAUGGGCCACAAACACCACGAAGAAGCCCUGUAUCAUUUUGAAUGGUUGAAUCCGGAGGAUAGUUCGGAAGGUGCCCGCGUCUUCGACUUUGGAGAUCUCUUCCGCGAGGUCGCUGAUGCCUUGAAGGAUUGUGGAUUGCCAGAAGAAGCCUUCCGCUUCUACUCACCGAUCCAAGAGACUGAGGAGCAUGCAGAUAUCAGCUAUUUCAUGGCGAUGGCCGAUUGUUGUAUGCAACUCGAGAAAUGGGAAGAGGCCGAAACUGGCUAUCUCACUGUUGCUGAGCAUGACUCGAGACAUAUGGAAUCGCGAAUUGCACUUGGCAAGUUGUAUGAAAGCCUUGGCAUGAGCGACCAGGCAUUAAAGUACAUCAACGAGGCCGUGUUACUUGGGCGACAGGAAGGUAGAUCCCGGCGCAGACAAGACGCCAGAAUCGAGCAGCUUGCAGCUGAAUUCAGGCAAGCCGCAGAGUCUGGAGUAGACCCGCAAAAAUCAACCAAGGCAUUUGCAGGUCUGAUGCCCGUAAAUCCUGACCAAGAAUCGCCUUCAGGGGGAGAAUCUCAUCGAAUAGAGGAUGUCCACUUCCUGUUCCAAAAACUCCAGGAGCUGGAACCUCAAGUCAAGGAAGGCGUAUAUGAAGCUAUUGAAGAUUGGCUUGACAUUGCCGAUGCUCUACUUCGUGAUUUCCGAACAAAUCGAAUCUUUUAUCCCAUGACACGACAAACAGAGUUCCAGGGAUAUCAUAAAAGAGAGAAAGAAAAGGGGGCCACCUUACUGGACGAAGCUCAGGAGCUGGCCGGUCGCAUCCAGAGAAGCAUAGGCGAUGAUCGUGCCGAUGAGCCCUUGUCAGAUGCGAUACCCGACGAGUACUACGGAAUUCCAUUUGACGAGUGGCUCGACCUAUUUCUUCAGUACGCACUGACCCUGACCUCACAGGGAGAGCACGAAGAAGCAUAUUCUGCACUUGAUUCUGCAUCUGUAGCUAGUAUCUGGUUCCACUCCAAGCCAAAAUCGCGCUUGAUUCAUGUCUGCUGGGUUACAUGUGCUCUUCGGGCCAAUGACGAAUACGUCUUGGCAUAUGAAGCGCGGUGGUUUAUCAAGGAGUACCAAUUUGUCACUGACACUUAUCGGCUUUUCGCCAUGCUGAGCCAUAUGUCUCGUGACCCACACAAGCCACACUUUUUCAAUUCUGCAAACAUGAAGUUCAUGCUUCGUCAGAUUAAGGCAAUGGACUUUACUCUCCCAGACGAUCCGGGCAAGCCCAGUGUUGUCCGGCAAUCCCUUUGGAAAGAGCGUGCCUCUCUAACAACCAAGGACGAAUCUGGGGAGAGAAUUCCUGCAGAUUCGCUGGACAUCACCCUUCUUAUCCUUUAUGGACAUAUCCUUUACUCGGGAGGUAGUUUCUACCCAGCUCUGAACUACUUCUUCCGAGCAUAUGCUCUGGAUGAUCAAAACCCCGCCUUGCUUCUUUCUAUCGGGCUUUGCUUCAUCCACCACUCUCUCAAGCGACAGUCUGAGAACCGUCACUAUUUGAUUAUGCAAGGACUUUCUUUCAUGGCCAAGUACCGACAGGUGAGAAUGAAGACAGAAACCCUCCAAGAGCGGCAAGAGAUGGAAUUCAACUUUGCACGAGCAUAUCAUGGUCUUGGAUUGGGCCACCUUGCCAUCGAGGGAUAUGAAAAAGUGCUUCAACUCGGCCGAAAAAUACAGGCCAAAGCAUCUGCUUCAAUAAAUGACAACGAUGUGGUAAUGGGUGAGGCUGAUCAAUCUGCACACCAGGCUGAGGUUUCAGAAAGGUUUGUAGAGGAUUUCACACGUGAAGCUGCCUAUGCCUUGCAAUGCCUGCAUUUACUCGGCGGUGAUGAGAAAGCUGCAAAGGCUGUCACCGAUAAAUGGCUUGUCAUCUAA